AUGAUCGCAAAUGGGACUAAGCAACAGCCAACUUCGUCGGCCGAGACUCGAUCGUAUGAUCCGUCCACUCUACCGGACUAUGAGACGGACUUCAUCAGUCAGGCUGAUCUCGACAGCUUUGCACAAGCACUGAGCGCACCGACAACAGAACCACUCACCGCUCUCAAUGAUUGGGGUCCAGUACACCAAAAAGUCAAACGAAACCGAGCUCGACGCAAAAGUCCGAGACGAAGCAAGGAUGAAACGCGGGAGGGCUUUGUGUAUACACUUUUGUACUAUCCCUUACUGUUUUUCGUCUGUGGCUGGAUUGUGAUUUUGUUCUUCAUCUACAACCUGACACGCUUCUACAUCUACGCCUACGAACAUGUGUUUUCUUGGACAGGCCGAAGAGAGACUCUGAGGCGGCGGCUCCAACAAGCAAGAAGCUAUGAUGAGUGGCAAGCUGCCGCUCACGAACUCGACGUGUACCUGGGGAACGAGGAGUGGAAGCAGUCGGAUCCAUACUCAUACUACAAUCACCAGACGGUCAGGAAAGUGACUGCUCAACUUGCCGAGCUUCAUGAGAAGGCCCAAACCGAGGAAGUUGGAGGGCGCGAUGGCGUAGGUGGUCUCACCGCCUUGGACGAGUUGAAGUCGUUGCUCGAAAGCUGUGUCAAGAACAAUUUUGUGGGCAUUGAAAACCCUCGCCUGUACAGUGAGACAUACAUUGGCACCAAACAACUCAUACAAUCGUUUGUCGAUCAAGUCGAGAAGUGCCUUAGGACCGUCCUUAACAGCAGCCGGAUGACUGAUACUGACAAGGGCGCGUUCUUCCGUCAUUUAGAGCUUAACCAUGGGCGCACCGCCCUAUGUCUUUCGGGAGGAGCGACCUUUGCAUACUAUCAUUUUGGAGUUAUCAAGGCACUGCUGGAAGCUGGGCAAUUGCCAGAAAUCAUCACGGGUACUUCGGGAGGAGCAGUGGUUGCCGCAUUGGUGGCCACAAGAACAGACGAAGAAUUGAAACAACUGCUGAUUCCAGCCCUGGCACACCGUAUCAGGGCUUGUCACGAAGGCUUUGCCACUUGGAUGCGCAGGUGGUGGCGAACCGGCGCUCGGUUCGACUCCAUUGACUGGGCUGUACAGUGUAGCUGGUUUUGCCGAGGAUCUCUAACAUUUCGAGAGGCAUACCAAAGAACGGGCCGCAUCUUGAACGUCUCCUGUGUGCCCUCAGACCCUCAUUCACCUACAAUCUUGAACAACCAUAUCACGAGUCCGGAUUGUGUCAUCUGGUCCGCUGUCCUCGCUUCUGCGGCCGUUCCUGGGAUCCUGAACCCGGUUGUGCUAAUGCGAAAAACCAAGGACGGCUCUCUGGUUCCGUACUCGUUCGGCAACAAAUGGAAAGACGGCAGCCUACGUACAGAUAUCCCUUUGAAAGCUCUCAACCUUCACUUCAACGUCAACUUUUCGAUCGUCUCACAGGUCAAUCCUCACAUCAACCUGUUCUUUUUCUCUCCUAGAGGCGCGCCAGGUCGGCCGGUAACGCACCGCAAGGGCCGUGGCUGGCGAGGGGGGUUUCUCGGGUCUACCAUCGAGACUUCGGUGAAGCUCGAUUUGCAAAAGUACCUCAAGAUCCUACGACAUCUCGAAUUGCUGCCAAGACCCAUGGGUCAGGAUUGGAGCGAGAUCUGGCUCCAACGAUUUUCCGGGACCGUCACCAUCUGGCCGAAGACUAUUCUCAGCGACUUUUGGAACAUCCUCACUGACCCGAGUCCACAACGUCUCGAUCGCAUGAUCGAUGCUGGCGAACGCAGUUGUUGGCCCAAGAUCAGAUUCAUCUCGAAUCGUAUGGCAAUCGAGCGGGUGAUAUUGCAAGGUCUAAGGAAAGGGGGGCCGAUUGAUGAUAGCCACCGCGUCCCAGACCCGGUUCACGAACAGCAGGCACAGGAAGCGCUCCUCCGCGCCCGACGCCGACCGAACGACAGCAUCUCGUCAGUUGACGAGUAUCACGAGAACCCGGCCACGUGCCCACCACGCAGGCAGAAUAGCAUCCUUCAAGAGCUCACCCGUCAAGCCUCAGUGUUGUGGAAUGAUCAUGGUCAAACGGAUGGGGAGGAAGACGUGGUAAGCACAACGACAGAUGACGAAGCAGACGAGGACGAGACGGCAGUAGACCGAGAUGUGGUCACUAGAAGACUGUAA